AUGGCUUCCGGAGAUGAACCGGCACCGCAGGCGCUCGAUUUGGAUAUGGCCAAGAAAUUUGUUGUGAAAUGGAUCCCUGCGGAUUGGAAUGAGUGGAAGAUCUUUGAAAUAUUUUAUCACUUUGGUCUUGUCAACAACGUACACCUCGCAUCAUUUAAUUCGAAGUAUCAAAAGAGUCAAACGGCAUUUGUUGAAAUGCUCGAACUGAUUGGUGCACGGAAAGUUCGUCAAGCGUUGAUUGGCGAUACUUUUAUUGUUGAUGGCGUUAGACUACUUGUUGAAAGUGUCGAGGAGAAUGACGAGAUUGGAAGAAAAGUGCAGAAGCAAUGUAUAAACGAAAAACGAGAUUUCAUCCACCAAUUGAUGCCAACGAAUGGUAGCCAGCGAAAAUUGUACCGAAUUACCCAUGGGGAUCUGCCAAUUGGAAAAGAAGUUGCUGUCAACAUCGUCGAGACUCCUGAGGAUUAUAAAGAAAUCCCUGGACGUCUCACCGUCUUUAUGCGUCCAAAAGAAGUUGAUGAGAGGUAUGCCAGGAUGCAGAAAGAAAUGAAUCGCUACGUGAGAAGUCGUCCAUCCGAUCAAAAGAUGCCAGAAAUUGGUAAUCAUGUGAUUCUGACAUUCAACAAUGUUGCGUAUCGCGCAAGGAUUACUGGAAAGCAAGAUGAGAACGCCAUUCAAGCAUAUCUUGUUGAUUUUGGCAAAAUGGUAGUUGCAGAGGAAUCAUGGACAAUUCACUCUGCGGCUUAUCACGAAUCUUUGAAUUUUCAUCUACCCCAAAUGGUUGUUCAAUGCGAGUUUGCCGAUGUCAUUUUUCAAGAGAAAAAUGUUAGGCGAGUGAGAACGAUCAUUUGCAGCUUUAUGUCCAAUUCGAAGGUCGUCUUUAUGGUUUCGCUCAAGAGAUACUCGGGAGUAACUAAUUUUAUCCAAAUGAGGGUCGGAAUAGAGCAUGAAAGUCAAGACUUUGUUUCGGCGUUGAUCGAUCGAAAAUUGUGCACUAGAGUUGAUGAGGAAGAUCACAUUGUAUACGACCAAAAAACACUUCAUGAUCUUCAGAAAUGUUCUACUGUUAUCGCUAUGGGAUUUCCUUCGUAUUUGAAGCCGUUUAAAACAAUUCAUCAAAAAGACGAUGUAAUUUUGUAUGAC